CACCCACAGACACAAAACGCUGAAAUCAUACCAUACUUUUUAAGUAAUCAUCAUCGAACCCCUUGGUACGGUACAACAAGCACGCAGACGCCGGCAAAGAAACCACCGUCAAGACAGCACCUGUUCAACCAUCGAUCUGUUCCGCACCCUGUAAUAUUUGCAUCGAACCCAAUCAUUCGAUUCGAAACCUUGCACACGCCACGCCACGCCAAACAAAGACAAAGGAUCCCCCGAUCCAUCGUCCAAGACGCAACCCCGAGUCGAACCGGAUCUCGAAAGGCAAGACAACGCAUCGCAUCACAUCGCAACAACACAUCGCAACACAUCACAACAACACACUACACACCACAAAAUGUUCAUGAGCGAGAACGACCUUGUCAUGUUCGGGGCCGGCGUUGCCGUCGGCCUGGCCUCCCUGACCGUGGCCGUCUGGAUCGCCAUCAUCUGCAUCCGGCUCAAGGACAUCGACGACUACCUCCACGACGAGGAGCGGACGGUCUCCUCGUCGGACGACCACGACCUCUCGGUGGACAAGGCCAAGGAACGGAGCGGAACCGUGGGUGCAGCCGGGGUCGCGAUUGUUGUCCCUUCGACCGUUGCGGUCGAAGCCGGGAGCGACGACGAUGACAACGAGGAAAACAACGACGACGCGGACCGGGACAGCGAGGUCAAACGCAACGAAAGGACAAGGGACAACAGCCGUCGAAGCCUUGGCACGGCGGGCGCCGACCGCGGGGAAGAAAACCGGGCGAGCGAAGCGGUGUAGCGUGCUGCCCUUUGAGGCGGGCAGAAAACGAAAGCAAAGCACAAAAAGGCAAAGCAAGCACGCACGCACCGACACGACACGGCACGAACUUCCAACGAGGAGGAACUCCUCAAAGCGGCCCAGCAAAGCAAACCACGAAGCGGAAGACAAGCAAAGCAAAGCACACCGCGGCAAAGCACACACGUGCGGUUCCCGUUGGUGCGGGUUUUGGUUUGGCCCUGCGGCGUGCGACCGGAGCCACGGGCCAAGAAUCCUUUUCCCGAAACCUGCACCGGGUUGCAUUGCACUGCACUGCACUGCGUUGCGUUGCGUUUCCGGGCGGAGUGGAGCGAGAUCGCGCCUUGGCCGUUCUCCCUCGCCUGCGGUUCCGGCCGGGAGGACCGGACCGACCGAUGGAAGUCCCGGUCGAUUGGCCGGCAAAGGACGCCACGCCACCUCACCCCUCGGUGAGGCAGAAGACGGCCCGGUUCCUAACUACCUACGGUACCUACCUACCGCACCCAUUCGUUUUGCAUCUACGGUACUAGAAUACGAACGUAUAAACCAAAGUGUACCAU